AUGGCUGGCCUCAGCUGCGGACACCUUUUUAAUACAGGUUAUGCUACAAAACGAUGCAGGGCACGUUAUAUACGCCACCUAAAGGAUCGUCGCGAGAGGCUCAAGCAGCUCGCUUUGACAAACUUGACCUUCUUCGAAUCAACUAGUCUAGGGCUUCACAGCUCAAUCGUACUUGACUCACGCGCGUCAGAAGUUGUGAGGAUUCUACGAGAUCGUGGUGUCAAAAUUCCGCAAGCCCUAGCCAUCGGUUCACGCUCGCUGCCAAUCUUCCUGGACCACAGGUUCUCCCUCCAGACUGCUGAAUUUCUGUUCAACCUCGGGUUCCGUGACAUAGACCCGUUUACAAAUUUUACUGAAGGCCUAACGCAAAUUUGGUCGAGAUGGUGGGCAGUUUCUCCGGAACAAGUAGAAUCGCUUCACUGGCUGUCUAAACAUGGCCUUGAUCUGUCUCGGCCGUUAUUUCCUUCAUCGCGAUCUCCGCAAACUCAGUUACGCCGUGGUGUGUGCGUUGCCCACAUUGCAUUUUACGACAUCGGCUUAAAAGAGUUUUUUUUCGAUUUCGAAGUGGGCGAAUUCAAAUCUAUCCCAUUACGAUGGCUUGCCAGCCUUCUUGACAGCGUCUUGCCUGUUGGGCUCGCUGACAAUUGCCGAUGCCGAUGCUGUCCCGGUGGCUGCACUCCUCUCAUUUACUUGUUCAAGGGAAUCGAAAAUCCUCACUGGCCCAGUUACGCAAGUAAACACAAGUACUCCAGCUUUUUGUAUCACAUUUCUGUGACUGAGAUGGCGACAUGUUGGAGAGUCGAGGACCAUAUAGCGGCCAUGCGUUACAUGACUUUUGACGCUUUCGAAAUCAGGCAUACAUGCUGCAACCCAAUACUUCUGCCCCAAGAAGGCCAUUGCACAGAUGAUCUUGACUCUAUAGAAGAAGAUGACGCCUCGCUCAACGUUUUUGAAAAUCUCAUCCUAGAAUUCGAAGAAGAGUUACAAAAACGAGCUGCAAGCACCUCAAGCGAGCCUACGGUCUUUGUAGACUUUUGGGAGACCUUGUGGCCAGCACGAAUUGCGGAAGAAAAUGAGAAACUCGCCGGCAGUAAUAUUUCAGACUCUGAGAGAAGGAACGCCGAGGAACUUGGUGUUAUCUGGGACGACCCGGUCAAGCUGGGCUGUGAACCAACACCUGCGCCAGAUAAAAACCCAUACGAAACUCAUCAGAUAGAACACUGGUACUAUGAGCUGGAAAAGAUCAGUCCUGCAUAA